CCUCCUUCUCUUUCUACCAGAGGGAGGACAGCUUUUGUCUCAUGCAGGUCUCUCCUGGCUGCGCUGGGCAGCAGAUGCUGCUCCUCUGCCAGCACCAACCCUGGCAGCAGCCAGCACAGCUGGGAGGGCAGUGCUUGUUGCUGUAGGCCUGGAAGCAAGGGUCCUGCAGGCAGUUUGAGUUCCCCUGGCUCUGCCUCCAUCUGAGCUGUGCACUGACUUGCAUUGCCAGGGGGCCCCGGCAUUUAGCACCCACCCCUGGGACCUCUCGUUGCAGCACAUCCCACUUCGUUCUGUUGCACACCGCGAUUUGGCUAAUUGCUUUUAACGGUGUCAUCUUCGUUCUUUAAUUAGUGAAUGGUGCUGCAAAGGGGAGCUGGGAGCAGUUUGGAUCCCGUCGUGUGUCAUUGGAUGACCACGCUGGGCUCAGCUUUGUCCCCGUGCACACGAUGGGAGAGGCGAAACGGUGUCGGUGACAAUUGUUUUCUGAUUCUUUUCAUUGCCUCGCAGAGCAAAAUGAUAAUAAGAGCCUCAGAAAAGAGGGCAUUGCAGCAAGCCCAGGCAGGGAGGUAAUCUCUUUUCUUCGUACCGAGGUAUAGAGAUAAUUCCGAUCGGGAUUGAAGCAGCGGAUGGCAAAUAAUUCUUGAACAAUCCGCUUAUGGUGUUCCAGGACGCGAAUGAAAACCACUAAUGGGAUAAAGAAGGAUCUAGAUAAUUAUCUCGGCUGCAUUAAGCCCUGUCGUUUCAGGAGAGUGCUCUCGUGGACACUCGUUUCAUGUGUACAAAAUGCUAAAGCUGACCAGACGUUUUCAGAAGCCAGCUCAUCCCAAAACAAAGACAUCACUGCUUGGUGCUCAGCUGUCUUUUAUCUACCUGGCCGGUCCUAAUAAAUCUCAUUUCUGCUCCCUGCUAUCCUAUUUCCCCUUUUUCCCCUCCCUACGGCAGCUUGAAGCAGUGACACACAUUCCAUCCAGGGCAGAUUUGAAGCGUCCUUUAUCCCCUUCCUUUUUUCAUUUGUUCUGCUGGUUUGGGGAGAGUUCCUGUUGUCUGGUGGGGUUUUUUUUCCCCUUUUUUUCAGCUGGUAAUGCCGUUGUUUUAAAUCUAACCGUGGAGCUGCUUACAACAUUACAGUAUGCAGGACAUCCUUAAAUUGGAUCUAUUUUUUCCCCCAGCAAGAGCUCUGCCUUGCAGCGCAGGGACUGCUCUGUGCUCCAAAACAAACCCGGCUGCAGUCAGUUAAUGAGGCUCUUGUUGCUGCCUCUUUGCUCCCGUUGUGUCCGAACCUAACGGAUGCCCCAUGGAUGAAGCAGAGGGUGGCAGAAAGAAACAGCUUUAUGUUGGCAGCAGCCGUGACAUUUGGGUGCGUUUGGACCAGCUGCCGGUGUGCUGGGACGCUGUUCCAGGUUACAGGAAGACCUUCAGUCACUUUCCCAUCUUUUUGCAUCAGUGUGGCAGUGCAGGGGGGCUCUGGUGGCUUUUGGAAGUGCAGAAGGGCUCGAAGGAACAAGAAGGGUGGUCUCUUCUUGGUGACGUUCUGCUUGAGCAGGAGCUCAUCAGCUGAAUUGCUCCUCCAGGAGCUUUGGUGCUGAGGUUCCUGCUUGCAGUUGUGGCCCUGUGGCUGCAGGAGGUGGGCUGACUUCUAGCAGCUGUGCCUGGCGCAGGCUGUGCCCCGCACCGCUGGUGUUCUGCAAGAGGAAUCUGCCAAGACAAGCUGUGAAGUCAGCUGAUGGCAGCGUAAGGCGAGAUCCCCAUCUUAGCUCUGAGAACACUAACUCUUCUACGUGCCCUUGGAUUGCACAGAAGUCUCAGUGGGCAUUUUUACCUGGUUCUUACUGCCGCCACAGGCCUGCUCAGUGAACCACUCGCUCACUAUCUCAUUACUGGCUCAUCCGUAAAGGCAUCACUGAAGCCUCCCUCAGCCCUGUGCUGAUGUUGGAGUCCCACCUGGAGCUGCUCACUGCAGAGCUGUGCAGCAGGAGGGGCAGUUUGGCAGUGUGCCUGCAGAGGGGCUGUCGGGCAGGCGUGGAGCUGCCGUUUGCUGUGCGUGGCACAGAGGUGUGGGUUCCUGUUUGGUUUGGCUUCCAGCAGUCCUUAUCGCAUCUCUUACUGCCAGCUUCCUCUGGGUUGUCCUUCCUACCCCUGCCCUGCCUACGCUCCGUGCUGCAAUUGCAAUUAUUUUUAGUAUUUCUUUCUCCCUUCAACUACUCCACCACACGAGUGCUGUUGAAACAGCUGUCACUCCCGAGCCCAUUGCGCUGGGAGGUGCGGUGAUGGGCUGCACACAGACAGCUCGUUAAAAGCCUCUCAGGGCUCUUCAGGAUGGGCAACCACAUAGGUGUGUGAUUGUAACCGGAUCCUGUGUUAUGCACAGUUUUGAUUGCAGUGGUGAAAUACCGAUCCCCUUCUGGCUGCUCAGCAACAGGAGAGAUCUGGGUGACGAAAGGGAAGGGGAGCAGUUUGGCAGUGGGACGUGCCCUCUGUGUUUGGUGAAGCAUAAUAACAAGAGGUGCGUUCUGCUCUCAGUUCCAUCCAUGUGCAUCUGGAGGAACCCCGUUAAAGUAAUGCAGUUCCAUUUAGAAGCUAACAGAGGGAUCCUGGUGACGGGUUGGGAUUUGGGUGCUGGGACUGCUUGGCUGUUUGCUGCUCCCUCCUUCCUGCCUCACCAGUACUGAGCUUGGAGCGUAAGCAGAAAGCAGUUGUUUAAAUCCCUUCCUUCAUCCCUGUUGUGGUCAAAACUGAUUUAACUCUCUUGUUAAGUUUGCGCUGUGCGGAACAUUGCCACGGUCCCAGUUGUGUUUGAGGUUGGAAUUGAGGUGUAUGUAACUGCUCAGUGGUGAGCGAGGAACACACAGAUGCUGCUCUUUGCAGCAGUUUGUGAGUUGUGAUCUGCACACUCCUUUUCCCAGUUCCUGUGUUCUUCCUGGGACGUGGUGCUGGAAUAUGAGCAGCUUUCCAUGUGGUGGCUCCUGAGAGUGGCAAAAGCUUUCUUAGUUGAAGCUGUCCUUUCCCCGUGCAUUUAUCUUCUAUUAGCAGUGUUCCUGAAGUGCUCCGGUAGUUGAUGUGUGGAUGUGACUGUACUGAAGCUGGGUAUCCCAGGGCCAUAUUUACACACAGCUCUGCUUUCAGCUCCUCUGUCUGAUGCGUCGCCGUGAGCUCUUAUGGAAGCGCAGACCCUUUGGAGAGCUGUUUGGGAUGAAGUCCUUGCAGAGUUUUUGAGUCUGUGGCUGAAAAGAGGUCUUCAUAGAACUACAGAAUUGUUAAGGUUGGAAAAGAGCGCUGAGAUCAUUCAGCUGUGACUCUGUGGCCUCUAGGAAAUGGAUGGGGGGUUUGGCCAUGUGCAGUCGGCAUCCUCAGCUUCGUGAGGAUUCUGCUCUCCGUCUGCGAGGUGUUUUUUCCUGCAUUUAAAUCAGUGAUUUUAUGUAACCUUGGAGUAGAGGCAGCCUAACAGUUGCUUUCUCCUUUGUUUUCCGGCCAAGUUUUUCUAAGAGAAUAAAGCUUAUGUACUUCUUCCUAAUCUCCCGUUCUCACUUUAGCCAAUUUGGGCAGUGGUUUGGGAGCCUCCAGAGGAGGUGGAAAAUCCUUGAAUUGGACCAGAAAUCCUGUUUUUGGAUGUAGCCAAGAGGACAGAAAGGAGAGAGUCUGUUGGUGGCUUUGCUGGAGAAGGGAAUCAACUCCUGCAUCAGGCUUCAGGAAAUCCAUGCGGAAGAUGUUAUCUUCAUUAAGCCCCCAGUGCAAGAAAUCUGUUAAUUGGAGCUUUUGGUUGGACGCUGGGCACCAGCUGCUCCCAGCACAGCAAACAAACAGGACCACGGCUGAUUUCUCCUUCUCACCCCUAUAGCAAUGGGUAGAAGCCACCACAGAAGGAAAGCAGUCUCUUAUUGGUAUGGGCUCCAUCCAUUUUCCUGUUCCUAACCUGUACCUAAUGCCUCAUUCUCUAAUUUUCAUUGCUCUGACUGCUUUGUUUUCCUUCACUGCAAUCAAGAAAUGCAGUACAAUAUUGCACUAAGAACUUCAGCUAUUCAAUUACCUUUCAGAAGCUGACUUAAUUGGCCCUUUAAGUGAUGGCUCUCCAUUGUAUGCAAUCAGCACGACUCAAGGAGGGAACAGGAAGAGAAUAAGGACUGUGUUUCUAAUCAAUAAAUAAAGGUCUUUGAAGUAAUACUACUUGCAAUUUGUACUGCUGGUUACAUUACACGGCAGAUGAUAGCCUGUGCGUUCGAUGUGGAGCACAGCUCUAACAGAGCAAUAAACCUUUGCUCUCAGCAAGCUUGCGGACUGCUUUGCUGUGGGCUUCCAGCAAAUCCAUUUCUCCCCUCGGAUUAUUCUUUUCCCCCCCCAAGAAUUAGAGGAAAGCAAAGCAAAACUGCUGCGGAGUCCAGCACAGAUGGUUUGCAAGAGUCCGAUAUGUAAUGACUAAUCGUUUAUUUUGCACCUCGUAGAGUAUGCAAAUGAAUGCGAUACCUGAUGAUAAAUAAUUCAAAAUGGAGAUGGAAGGCAAGGGGAGAUGACAGGCAGGAAGAGCACAGGAGGAACCAGUGGAGCCCUAUAGCACACGUGAAGGUAUGCAGCAUCGUUUCAUAAACCGCUGGGCUAAGCGACGUGGCAAAAGAAGGAUCGUUUUGGUUAUAAAUUCACUCUGUGCCUUCCUUUGGGCCGUUGGAUGGAGCCCGAUGUGUUUUAACAUCUGCCUGUGAAGGCUGCAGGAUUUAUCUUUGAAAUGAGAUGUGCUUUGCUGCACCACCAGCAGUUUUUUGGCGGAGCUGUUUUUGUGAAAUAUAACCUGAGAAUUUGUAUUGGCUUAACACUUAAACUGCAGCCAGGGGAAGAUGGAAUAUUCAUCUUUAUUGUAUUUGUUUCUCCUGUAACGAGGCAUUACUGCCUGUCAUAAAGGAGACCGUCCCUGAGCCCAGAGAGCAUGCCCGGUUAUUUGCUGCCUGCUCCAUUAGCCCGUGCAGAACUCCCAGUUUUUAUGUGCGUGUGCUUUUCUACUUGUGUAAGCCUGCCAAGGGCUCAUCUCGAUUGAAAUCCAUUCCUGCGAUGCUGUGUAUACACACAUUUGUUGAAGCUCUUAAUGCAGUUAAUGGAGGGAUGGCUCUGGGAUGCCCAGUGAGGCUCUCCCAACUUUCUGCUUCCCGUCAGGCAGCACAGAGCUUGGUACAGCAUCACACCUCCGGCACUGAAUGCGUGCAGUAAAGAAGAAUAAACUUUAAGGAACGACAGGAGUGCCGUAAACAUCGCUUGGAUUUUGAUUUACAUCCUCAGAGCACAGCACAAACUGCAGGGCUGGUGUAGCCGAUGGAAAUAUCUCUGGAUGGGAGUGCUGCAGAGCAGGAUGCCAGUGCUGUUUAUUGCCAGUGAAGCCAAAUGAAGUCCUCCCAGGGCCCCAUGGCAGCUCCCCAGCGUGCUCAUCUGCCGUCCUGCCCAGAACGUGGUGUGUGUGCCCGGGUUCCCUCCUGAUGUGCCCAUCCAGCUGUAUUGGAAAGAAAAGGAGCCCGGCCGUCCUGGCACACCAAUAGUGGCAGCACUUGGAAACUUCAGCUUCUCUCUUUUCUCAUUGCCGAUUUCUUCCCAAGGAUAGCUGCGGUGCUUUUCUUUUUUAGGAUUUUGCCCAAAUUAUCACAUCUCCGAGGAUCCGCUGCUCUGUUAUCCCACAAUGGGAUUAUGACCUUAAAUGGAAAACAGCCACAGCCAACGGUUGGGAAAAACAUUAUUGUGGGAAAACGCGGUUGUUAGAUGUGUUCCAUGUUGUGAGGCUGCUCGGUCAGGAAAUGCUUGCGAGUGUGCAGAGGAAAUGCUUGUGUGUUCUGAAUGCUUGUUGCAUUCUUCUUUUAAUUGCUUGUUAAAUAGGAGGGCAUACCUCCAUCGAAACGCCAUCAGAUGCGCCCUGCUGUAAGGGGAUGGGAGGCAUGAAAAAACAUCGAGGGAGAGAGGGAGGACAGUCUGGCUUUAUGAACCCGUUCAUUUGUGCAUUGGCUCCUGUUCAUCCCUCCGGAAGAAAAAAAAGAGAAAAAAAAACAAGAAGUCUGUUGGCAGAUCAUUUAGCAUGCCAUGUUCAGAGCAGACCAAGAGCAGACGAGUUCAGUAGCGCUGGAAAUGUGACCCUGUGAAACUGCUCUGAAGUUGCCAGCCUUGCUGCAUGGGAGCAGGAAGCUCGGCGGGGCUGGGUUGCUCCCAUGCGAACGGAUCUCUUUGGUGUCUGUCAUAAAAUGCAGCCAAAGUGUGGGUUGCAGAGCCGUGCCCGGGGUGAUCCCACUGAAGCGCACAUCUGGGAGCAGCUGGAUGCGCUGUGCAGCCCCAUGCGAAGCCCUUUUUGGGGGAAAUUCAUUAUAAUCGGGGUAAUUUAUGGUGAUGGUUAAUCACUCGCUAUUAAAACGUGGGCAUUUUGUGUCAGCUCGAGGCCCGGGGAGGGCAAAGGGCUCUGUAUUGCCAGCUGUGCGCCCAGGCAGGCUCAGGGAUCACUCGGCACACGCUGGAGCACUGUCUCGUUUCCUGGCGAUGCCCGUUGCUCUCAGUGGGGAAGUUACAGGCGUUAGCAGCAGAAUGAAUUUCCCUUCAUGUGCGGCAAUACGCCCUUAUGGCUCCAUUCCUCAGCCUCCUGUCUGAUGUUAAAGGAUGUAUUUGUCUUUGCAGGUGUGUGAGGCUGUAGCAGCACGCUGGUGGCUGCUGUGUGCCACCCCCUGAAUGCGACAGGGGAAGGCAGGUCCAGGGAGUGAGCUGCAGGCUUGUUCUGUCUCCCUGCAGAAAAGCAAGGCACUCCUUUAGGGGCAGUGAUUUAUAAGGCUGCCAGAAUGGCACCGCUCUAAGCAGGCUUUGGACGUGGCCAUCCAUCCGUAGCUGUGUACAUCCUCGUGCUGUUACAGUUCCUACAUUCUGCUUUUUCAAGGCCCUCCAGCUUAGCAGUGAGAUCCUUUGGGAAGCUGUCCUGCUGCUGCUGCGGUUGUUCCCAGUGGCCACAGGUUGUUCCUCGCCCUGCAGGGAUGGAGCUCCUCUACCUGCUGCCCUGGUGCUGGUCCUGCAGCUCACCAGCAUGACUUCCACUGCCCGGUCUCAAGGUUUGAGAAAAUUGGAUUGGGUUUUUUGCAGCAGCACACUGCAGUCAGCAAUGCCGGGUGACAAAGCUGAUCUGGGAAGCCGGGCAUGAGGGUGAGUCAUGAACCUGGGGUGAGUUCUUUAUGGACGCCUCCAGAGGAUGAAGCAUCUGUUGAACAUCUCUGUGUGCUCAGCUGACAGCUGGCAGCACCAGGAAUGGAGCUGAGGGACCAUUGCUGCAGCAGCAUCUGGAUACACCCGGGGUCCCUAAAGGGUACAAGUGCAGAAAUGGCUCCCAGGCAUCAUAGCAACACUGAACCUCUUUGUGCAGAGGAAACGGGCUUGAGCUGAGCUCCAGAUGCUUAUGUUCUGCCCACUGCAGCCAUAGGGUGCAAUGAUUUUGUCAUGGAAGAUUACCUCCAUGGGCUCAGACACUGUUUCUUGCAAGGAGAUGAGGCUUUCCUCCUCGAGAUGGGGUGCCCUUGCACCUGCUGAACGUGUCAAACUGAAUCUUUCUGCAGCACAGCUUCCCUCUGAGUGUAAAGUCUGGAAAGCUGAGCCACAGCAGCCCCCACAGCAAUUAGUGCUGCAUUCUGUGUGCCACCAGUAAAGGUAACUGCGUGUGAAGUGCUGAAAAAACGGAUGCAUUUAAAUAGGUGUUGUAAGGGAAUGAGAUACUUAAACUGCAUCUCCACUCAUGGAGAGCGUGAGGUGGCUGCUUACAAAAGCCAGGGCUGAGCAGCACUUCAGGAAUAGCUGUGAAAUGGAGCAUGGAUACGAUGGUCUUGCAGUCUGGGGCUGCAGGACGUAUCCCUGACUUGGGGUGGUUUUCUGCAGGUCACAGCUCCAGGAGGUGGUUACAAAAGGCGUUUUGCACUCUGUUCUGUGGCUUUGUGGGAUGAGUGUCAGCAUUGCUGGAUAACCCCUCCUCGUGUUCUCUUGGAUGCCAAAUGUGGAAAGGGCGAAGCAGGUCUCCCUUAGCAGUAUGUUGUUCUUCCCAGGAAUUAUCCUUGCGUAUGAGAUGAAACAGGAGACCUCAGAUAGCAUUGAUGCUUACAGCUGGGCUAAGUGUGCUAUUUAAUGGCAAUGUCUUGUUUCCUCUCCAGAGAGAGGAAAAUGCACCCCAUUAUGUGUUACGAGCCUGCACCCUGGGGGAUAAAUAUUUCAAAUAUUGAUGUUGAAUAAUUUUUAAGAGGCUCUCUAUGAGUUUUAUUUGAAGCAUUCUGCAAAUUAUUGAAGAGAGCCGAAACAAAACGCGAUGCAGAUCAGCUCAUCGCGUGAUCGGCAUGAGAGGCUUUAAAACGUGCUGCUGCCCACAGGCACGGUUGUGAUCUGAUCAGGUGCUGGUACUAUAGGGAAACCGGGAGCCGUUUGUGCACCCGUAGGUAGAGCAGAAGUCGGAUGUGUGCAGACAGGCGGUGGUUGAAGGGGAUGCUCUCAGUAUCCUUUCACUCUGAUGCAGUUGCACGCAUUGCAAAGGAGUUCCUCCUUUGGAAGAAGCAGUAAAACCUGACGUGCAUUGAAGUUCUCUUAGCACAAACAGAGCCAGGGACUCCAGCCAGAACUUCUGUGAUUUCCUUGAUAUCUCUGCGACUCAGUACAUCCCUUUAACUUUUCCAUAUGUGUUCUCUGAUUUAUAACACAGCAGCGCUUUAUUUUGCUGUUGUAAAAUUCUUUCAUUCUCUCGGCUGUGCCAGAAGCUUCGUAUGUUAUUGAUUAAACAAACUCCCCGUGCUCCAGCAUCUCGGCUGUUCUGAGGCUGCGGCGUGCAGUGAUGGCUGCGCUGCUCCUUCCUAGCAGGAGCCGGGGAAGCACGACGUCCCCACUCUUCCUGCUGCUUAUCACCACGUUAGCCUCCGGUUUGCAGAAAGGAGCUGCUUUUUCCACCCUCUCCGGCCGUGUCUCACGGGCCCAUCAGCUGCUUACGGUUGUUUCAAGGGAGUGAUGAUGAUGUUGGGUUGUAGUGAUGUUGGGAGGAGGAUUAACAAGAAUUUCAUCUCGACUCCUUCACAGGCAAUUAGCGACAGCUGCUGCUAGAGAAAGGGCACGAUGAUUAACACAGUGACCUUUGCAAAGAUCAGCUUGCCUUCUUGGAGGCAUUCCUGUCGGACGGAAGCAGAGCCAUUAGCGCUGCGGCACUGAGCGGGCUGCGUGGGUUUUGGUGGAGUGAGGUCUGUGUUUCAUUAAUAACACAAUUAGGUUGUAAUAAAACGGGGCUUCCUGUUACACUGUGAGGCAUUAGCUGUGCUUCGUGGUUUUGUUUCUUUAAGGCACCUAUGGGAACGCGGCCCUGCACGCUUGCACAGCAGCUCUUUGGGGCUGUCUCAUGGGAUUGCACUCCCUGACUUUGGCCCUGCGGUGAGAACAAGGCAGGAGAGGCAGCAGUGCAGCCCAGAGGUUGCAUGCAGCGAGAGCAAAGUGGGUUUCUCCUGCACAUGAUGUUUGCCAUCCCCCAUGUGCCAGGGCUUCUGCUGCAUGUGGAUUUCUGCAGGAGCAUUCCCGUGCAUGGGAGCAGCGCACUUUGUGCUGCCAUUGGGCACAUCCCAGGGCAUCCUCUGCACCGUGCAGAGGGAAUGGCAUUCCAGGAACCCUUUGGGUUGCUUUCCGUGCCCAAGUGUGAUGUGUCCUCUUAAAAAUCCUGCGGAGCUGCAAUUAUUUGGAGGUUUAAUGACCCAUGAUUUCUGUAAUGCCUUAUUUUGUUCACUUUCAGCAUGUUUUUAUUCCCCAGUCAAAUAGAGAGUAUUAAAAAAGCCAACAAGAACAAAGCCCUCGCUUUCCAUUUGAGAGAAAAUGCUUGGAAAGCUGUAUUUGUGCUACACAGGUAAAUAAUUAGGUUGCUAAUGAAUUAGCUUUGCUUUGAAGAAGAAAGCUGCAGUGUUCCUAAUUAAGUUGUGGUAUGGGAGGAGAGGUGCAGCGAUUCGGAGCCAUCUCUCCACGCCGUGGGAUGCUGAAGGGCACUGCCAGGUCCAGCACUUUGUUUGAAUGCCCCCUUUUGGUGCUUUUCUAUGGCAGUAAGUUUGGAGAUGUAAUAUACUUUUGUUUUGUUGGUUUUUUUUUUUUUGCACAAAGCGUUUCCUUUUUAUCAGCUCGAAAUUAACAGCAUUUGGAUCGAAUGGCUGCUUAUUCCUGUAGUUUCAGGCACGGAGAACGAAAGUCCGUGUGAUAUAUUUUCAUUAUAUCACUCUAUUUUAUAUGCUUUUCAUCAUGAGCCCUAUUAUUAUGCCAAUUGCAAGAUGAAUAAUCUCAUAUAUUUUUUCUUUCCUUGCAGAGCAGGGUUUUUUCAGCCCUUUGAUCAUUCUCAUCACCUUCUUCUAAAGCCCAUUUUAAGUCUGUAAUAAUACUCUUUUGCAGAGGAGGUGAAAGCUAUUCUGGGAUUAGGCAGCAUCAUUUUAAUAAUGUUAUAAUCUUCGUGCUCUUAUUCCCCAUCCCAUUCUCUGAGCAGACCAACAUCUUCCUUGCCUCCCUCUCCAUCCCUUCUCUCUCAGGGUUGCUGCUACCUGCAGAGCAGCACCAAAGAUGCUCUGAAGCUCCAGUCUCCCUCUCAGUUAAUACUGUUAAUUAGGAACUGCCUGAAAAAUACCCCGAUUCCCUUCUCCUCCCCGAUUAAUUUGCAUCUGUCAGCUUUGGUGUUAAUUCUCCAUGUUGUUGCCUUUUCUCCCAGUCGUUUGGUUGGCUUGGGGCUUUGAGGAACUUAUCUCUGUGUCAUUUCUGUAUUUUGCUACUUUGCAAAUUCAUCUCUUUCUCCAGAUCCUUACUAAAUCUAAGAGACAGGAGGUUUAAUACCAAACCUUAUGGCCUCCUCUUGAACCUUUUGCUAUGAUGAAAAUUCACUGCCUAAUACCAUGUCCUUUCUCUUCUGAUCAAUAGCGCUAUUUGCCUCUUUCCUUCUCUUCCUCAGCUGUUUUGCAGCAAAACAAAUUGCCAGCUGAUGCGUCCAUCUCAUUAAGUCCCUUGGACAAGUUGAUAAAAUCCCAGACAAACUGAGGGGCUGGUUUCUUCUGCAGAAUCUGAUGCUGGCUUAUGCCUGCCAGAGAUUUCCUCACUUUGCCUUGUGACAAAACCCAGGGGACCCACACCGUGCAUGGAGCUUUUUAUCUCUUUCAGUCUGGCUCACCCACAGAGCUGUGCAGCGGGGACAGAAGGGCUCUGCAGGUGCCUGAGAGUGGCCUGAUGGCUGCCGGUACCCACAGGUGAUGUGUGCAUCCCAGUGUGGUUCGUUAGUGCUGAACUUCUGCGUCCUCGCCUGCAUCCCUCCAGGAAUGUGUGCCCCUUUUUGGGAGUGGGAUUUCAGUGUUCGCCAUCCGGAUGUGGAUCACUGUCCCCGCAGAGGGGAACCUGCCCUUCCCUGAAGUCUUGCUGCUUAGGACUUUGAAGGCAAAGAAUCUUAGUUGUGGACGGAGCUGUUUGUUUUCAGUGCAGGAUCAGAAAUGCGAGCAGUUCCUCCUCCUCUGCACCUGCAGCUGCUUUCCCAAUAAUAAUAACGAGCUUUCUAGGGGUACUAAUGACUUUCUAUGGUGCUUUGUGUCUUGGUAUUAACCACAAAUUGCGGCAGUGCUAAUGUGAAAUGAACAAAGAAAGUUGAAGUGCAUUUUUCUAAGCAGUAGCUGGAAAAUGCCCGUUGAGACUGAGUGCCCCAGUGAUUCUGUGCAAGUGAUGCUGCAAGUGUCACAUAACGUUUGCUGCGUGAUGCACUUGCAUUUGCAAUGUGAGGAUGCUGGGAUGCUUGUUCUUCUUGUCAGGAUGGAGCCAGGGGUAUUUUGGCUGCUGAACUCUCCUUUCUCUUUCCCUCCCCGCUGCACAAGUCAGUAUUUUUGCCAUCCUUUCCUGUGGGCUAUAACAGCUGUCACCUGCAGCUCCACACAGCCCAGCAGUCUCUUCCCUGUGGCUUCUGGGGUUGCUUUGGGGUUCUGUUGAUGGUUUGUUCCUUCCACGGCCAAAUGGCAAAAUUUAGCUUUCCAGUGUAUGAAAUGUUUAUUGUGGAAUUAAUGCUGGUCCCUGUGUGCAUCUCCAGCCUUUCCCACAUCCCAGCAGCUGAACCAAACUCCCCAAUACAGCACAGCAUCUCCUUAUGUCCACGUUAACGGCCUGCUGGCGUUCCCUUAGCAAACACCUCAUGAACAUUGCGAUUCAGUCAAGGCAAUCUAGAGUGCAAUGCGUGGAGCAGCGCCAGCAUUAUAUAAAUCAUUAAACAUCAAAACAUCAAAUGGCCCAUCAUCGUCCAGGGCCGAGGGCGCUCCGACGAGGCCAGGAGCUCGCUGUGCCUGGUGGUUUUUACACGGAGAGUUUGGCUUUCUGCUCUAUCUCUGUGUGUGUGUGUGUGUUGUGAGCCCAGGACUGUGCUUUCUUUUGGCUGUUCCGUCCCUGGAAACUCUGACGUGUGUGUUGAUCGCAGCACUUGCAGCAGAAGGGUCACAAUGUGCCGUUGCGCUCUCGAAGCCAAGAUUUCACAGAGAUAAACAGAUUAGAGGCUGGGAGUUGUUUCUAGUUUUUUAAACAAAGUCUCUCAAAGGUCUUCCUAAUGAGAGGAGAAUCCAGCUCGCAAAGAUUUGAGAGACUAGUGUGGCAUUCAGGAUUACAGAACUCCUGACUGUGUCUGUGUGCACAUGAAUGAGUGACCCCGAGAGGUUGCAAAGUGGCGGCUUUACGGCAUUGGCCUCAUUUUGUGCCCAUCUGCUGCUUUAGGCUCAGAUUAGGCUUUUUGCUUUGAUUCAAAAACUGGAAGUGGAUAAGCAGGGUGGACGCGGGCACCUCAGCCCCCCACCUCUGCAGGCAGGCCUGGUUCACCUCCUCAUCGCUUCAGUAGGGACAGAGCCACAAAGCAGAGAAUUCCUCUGUGGGCAGUGGGCGCCAUUUUGGAUGGACGGAAGUGGGCGCCAUUUUGGAUGGACGGUAGCCUUUGGGAAGCCAACAGCAUAUCAGCUGGGGGCUCUGGAUCAAAACGAGACCUCUGGAGGUGCUGCCCCAGAUCGAAAACGAACCUAAGAGAGAAAAUUGGGCCCAGGGUGCAGCCAAUGGCCAGGCACUGCCAGUGGCUGCCCAGAGGCCUGUGUGCUGCCAUGCAUGCAGCCAGUUGGUGAGUGGCCUGGCAGCCUGUGCCUGAAAACUGCUUUUGAAGGAGCAUCGAGUGCAAAUCCUGAGUGUGGUGUGGUGUGAAAGGUGUUGUUUGCAGGGCACUGGGUUGACACAGUGUAAUCUGCAAGCACUGGAAGUCCUGCUUUGAAAGGGCUGGGUCUGCCUAGUCUGUCCUGCAACAGGGCAAGAGGUGAUGACCUUAAGUUGCUCCAGUGGAGGUUCAGGUUCAGUAUUAGAAAAGAAUGAUUCUCCAAAGGGUAGUAAUGCAUUGUAGCAGGCUGCCCAGGGAGGUGUUGGGAUCACCAUUCCUGGAGAUGUUCAACAGCUGUGGAGGUGUGGCACUGAGGGAUAUGGUCAGUGGGCAAUACUGGUGGUGGGUGGGCGAUUGGAGGAGAUGAUCUUAGAGGUCUGUUCCAACCUUACUGAUUUGAUGAUUCUAAGUGCAAAACGGUGUUACUGGGAAUCCGUGGGAAGCUGUGUGCCCACCGCAGGCUUUGUCUCAAGCUGUUACUGUAACUGGUCACAAUCGAUCAGCUUUUAAAUUUCAUGAAAUUUUAAUUAAAGAGUGGAAACUACUAACACAUCAUGGGACAAGAGCACUGGAAACAAAUACAAUUUCACUUCCAACCAUUAGCCAGAAAAGCAGCAAAUGGUUGACUGCACAUCACCAUUGCAGCCUAAUGAAAAGUACAGCUCUUGGCAUCAGUGGGCAGGUCAUUAGUGCCUGAAUAAUCAGUGACAUUUCCCUUCGCAGUCUGACACAAACCAAGUGCAGCACUCUGGAAAAAGCCAUUAAGCACAAAGCCCCACGCUCUGCUCCAGGUAGUGCAGAGGAGACCGGCAUCAAGUGAGGAGGGGAAGCAAGGUUUGCUCCUGGUAUUAAAAGAUCCGAGCAUGAAAACCCCUAAUCUGGACAACGUGGGUGCUUAGAGGUGUUCUUACAGAUCAGAGCUAACAUUAGGUUAAGGUCUCACUCACUGUGGAGUGAAUUUAGAUUCCUGUGGCAGCCCCUCAUGCUGGGGGUUACCCUGUUUUUUCUGUAGUACCACGCAGGAAAAAGGAGCAACCGGUGCUGUUUGUGUCGCCUGUGUCAGGCAGAGCAGCAACCAGAUGGGAUUGCCUUCCUCUCUUCCCUCCCCAUCUUCCAGCCACUUUGCAGUAAUGCGGAGAGCCCCGGAGGUCAGUGGAGACAGAGCCUUGUGCGGGUGUGCCGCCUGAGGACGGGCAGUGAGUCUGUAAGGAUUGUUUGUGGGGAAGAGGCCCCAUGGGGGAAGCUUCUCGUAGGCAAAAGCAUUAAAGAGAACUUGACUUGGAAGCGUUGUUGUCUUGGAAACCCUGUGCUUUGGAGCUCUGCAUGUUUGAUCUUCAAAACACCCUUUUUUAUUUGCUUGUGGACCCCAGAAUAGAAAUCCUCAGUGCAGUUGGUGUAACUGUUUUCAUUCACUCUGGUUUAUGUUUAGCCCCGACUUGGAAGCUCUGUUGUAGUGCUUUUGGUUGUGUUAGCUGUCCUGGCUGGUGUAGUUCUGUAAAAUCUAACCUCACAGAAAACGUAUGAAUGACUAGAGGUGGAAAUGUGUGUGUACUGAGCACACAUGUUGCAUUAGUAAUGGGGUAAAAAAUGGCCCAGAAAAGUACAUUAAUAGCUAACCAACUCCGCUGCCAGCUGUUGUAUAGUUAGUUAUGGAUGGAGGCACCCAGUAGUUUUAUUGCUUAAAAAGGACAGGCUGGUAAGAUGUUGUUUUGAAAUAAAAAGCUUUAUUACCCUAUAAGAAGUUACUCAUUUAUAUAUAUAUUAUUUUUUAUUAUGCUUCCUUAAGGUGUGUAUCCAAACACUUGCAUUGACAUUAGCAUCCCAGCCACCACUGCCAGGUGACAGGCUUUGUUCUGCCUCACUUAGGAGCAGAAAGAUGACUGUAAUUGGUUUUGUCCUUAGGAUCCCUUUGGGAUUUCACCUCGAGGCAGCCUUGGCGAGCCCCAGCAUGGGGCUGGGCAGUGGGCUUCUUGUGUCGGGCCCUGCUCCUCCUAUAGAUCCCCUUGUCCAGACAAGUUGCAGGACCCAAAUUGCUCACCUGCUGGCAUCACCGCUGCUCACGCGCACCAUGGGAGGGAUGCCACAGCUCGAGGCUGGCUGCAGGUGGCAUGAAGAUGGGGAGGGCUGAGUAAAACCCUGUGGGAGUGGGAGCAGCUGUCUGUUUGCCUGCUCUGUGCUGCGGGCAAAACUUUGUGGUAUGCCUGCGCCUACCAUUCCCGCAAUGACAAGCAUCCUGUCCGCAGCCGCUAUGGCUGAGCAAUGUAAAAUCCACUCAAUCCAGCCUUGGCAGCUCCUUCUCCCUGGAGAUGCUGUGUGCCAUCUGGAGAGGGCCCCCGUGGUGCUGCUGCCUUUGCCCCAGUUAUUCAUGCCAGGCCAUCUGCAGCAGCCAUGUCUCCAGCACAGCUGGGUGUGCGGUGCCGGUUCCCUCCCUGUGAGCCCAAGAUUUGGCUUCUGCUCACCCUGCUGAUAGAUGGAGCAGUCCUUGUGAGGGAAUUUGGGGGUCUUUCCUGGGGUGCCAUCUGCUGUAGCAUCAGGGCUGGCAAUCGAAGGUCCCUGGUUGUGUCUUCUCUUGGAGACCAGCUCUCAUCUCAGGCCCAAAGCCUUCACUGUUAAACUCCUGUUUUUCUACAAUAAGGCAACCCAAGCAAGGAGCAAGAAUUGGAAAUAUUUGUAUUUCUUGGUUUUGUCAUUGUUUUACCGAGUCACCUACCCUAAUACUUCCAGUUCUUUUUCACUCAACUCCUGGUCCUCGCUGCUCACUCCUGUGGUUGCCAACUGAUGCACCCCAACUUCUGGCGCUGCAGAGAUGCACGAUAUUGUCCUUAAAACUAAUGCAAGCAGCUGAGUGUAGAGCAAAGAAGAACUAACACGCACCUUAUUUUUGCUCCAUGCUUUGGUCACACAACAUCAGGUCAUUGUUCCCUAUGACCAGAACCCAAGUUAAAGAGAGAAAGGGAAGCAGCUUUAUGUUGUGGUUCUGCAACUGAAAGUUCCCGCAGGCUGUCAGAGCUCUCGUGGCCGACACGGUAGCACAAAGCAGAUGUGCAUCCCUGUACAGAAUGCUGUUUUGUGUAUCAGAGACUCUUUCUUUGCAUGCAUGUAUCAACCAUGCUUUGUGUAUCUCCCAGCUCUCUCCGCCGUAACUGCUCAGUGUGUGAUAGACCACAGCUCCAUAAAUCCAAGUUUGGAGGUGACGUUGUGGACAUCUACCAGCGGGAGUUCCUGGCUCUCCGGGACCGACUGCACGCGGCCGAGCAGGAGAGCCUGAAGCGCUCCAAGGAGCUGAACCUGGUCCUGGAGGAGAUCAAGAGAGCUGUCUCGGAGAAGCAGGCCCUGCGGGACAUCAACCGCACCUGGAGCAGCCUAUCUGACGAAACCAAGUUAAAACUGUGGAAUAUCACCAACAAGAAUGUGCUGCACCUUCCCACCAUCUUCCAUCAUUUGCCACAUUUGCUGUCAAAGGAGAACAGUCUGCAGCCAGCCGUGCAUGUGGGACAGGGGCGCACUGGAGUGUCUGUCGUGAUGGGAAUCCCCAGCGUAAAGCGGGAGGUGCAUUCCUACCUUACGGACACCCUCAGCUCCCUCAUCUCUGAGCUCACGCAGCAGGAGAAGGAGGACUCGGUCAUCGUCGUCCUCAUCGCCGAGACGGACACCCAGUACACAGCCGGAGUGGCAGAAAAUAUCAAAAACUUAUUCCCAAAGGAAAUCCACUCCGGUCUCCUGGAGGUGAUUUCCCCCUCUCCACAUUUCUACCCCGAUUUCUCCCAUCUGCGGGAAUCCUUUGGGGACCCCAAGGAAAGAGUCAGGUGGAGGACCAAGCAGAACCUCGACUACUGCUUUUUAAUGAUGUAUGCCCAGUCCAAAGGCAUUUAUUACGUGCAGCUGGAGGACGAUAUCGUGGCCAAACCAAACUAUCUCAGCACAAUGAAGAACUUUGCCUUGCAGCAGCCCUCCGAGGAGUGGAUGAUCCUGGAGUUCUCUCAGCUGGGGUUUAUUGGAAAAAUGUUCAAGUCUCUGGAUCUGAGCUUGAUUGUGGAGUUCAUACUGAUGUUCUAUAAGGACAAACCCAUUGACUGGCUGCUGGAUCACAUCCUUUGGGUGAAAGUCUGCAACCCUGAGAAGGACGCGAAACACUGCGACAGGCAGAAGGCAAACCUGAGGAUCCGCUUCAAGCCCUCGCUCUUCCAGCACGUGGGAACCCACUCCUCUUUGGCUGGGAAAAUCCAGAAGCUGAAGGACAAGGACUUUGGCAAGCACGCCCUGCGGAAGGAGCACGUCAACCCUCCUGCGGAGGUGAGCACCAGCCUGAAAACCUACCAGCACUUCACCCUGGAGAAGGCCUACCUGCGAGAGGACUUCUUCUGGGCCUUCACGCCCACUGCUGGAGACUUCAUCAGAUUCAGAUUCUUCAAACCUCUCCGCAUUGAAAGGUUCUUCUUCCGCAGUGGGAACAUCGAGCACCCAGAAGACAAACUCUUCAAUACCACUGUGGAGGUUUUGCCAUUUGAUAGCCUGCAGUCGGACAAGGAAACCUUGCAGGAGGGAAGAGGAACAGCUGUCAGAUACCACAGGACAGCCGAUGGCUACAUCCAGAUAGGCUCCUUCUCCAAGGGUGUUGCAGAGGGUGAGGUGGACCCAUCCUUCGGGCCGCUGGAAGCCAUCCGCCUGUCCAUCCAGACCGACUCCCCAGUGUGGAUCAUCCUGAGCGAGAUUUUUAUCAAAAAAGCAGAGUGAAGCAGGAAUGAUGAAGGAUGGACACACGUAGCACCCAGGUCCUUCUACCUCCCCCCACUCUUCCUCGUUCCUGAGCCGGCUGAGACGCGGGGCUGCGAUGGCAGCGAGGCGGCACCCGGCUGCUGGGAGGAGCUGCACUCUGACCUGCGGGCGCCGGACAGCCCUCACCACCUUGGCUUUGAGGCCAGCACUGGUGCUGCAGGGCUGGGACAGACCUUCCUCUGGAAGGAGGAAAAGCAAAACCCAAGCUGCCCUGCAAAGGGGUGGCUUUGCUCCUCUAGGCAAGACCCAGGCACUCACCGCUCCUGCGGGUGCAUUGUCGGUGUGUGGGGCUGUUCGGUGUUGGGAUGGGUUUUAGCAAUCAUGGAGACUAAAAGCACCUUCAGCCCAAGAAAGGGGAAUGGUGGCUGUGUUUGGGGAUGGAGAGGGCCAGGUUCAGACAGCUUCAUCCUGCCCCUGCUUUGCAGGCUGAUGCACGGGUGCAGGAUCGCUGAGAUGGGAACGGUCGGGGAUCAGCGUGUGCAUCACUGUGGCACAGGUGCUGAUCCUGACCAUGGCUGUGGAUUCUGUGAGGGUGAGGACUGACCCUCCCGUGGUGGAGGAGGGACAAAUCCAAAAGGGGGUUGGAGCUCUGAGUAUGGCAGGGAAAAAAAAAUAAACACCACACUGUGCCUGCCAGCAUUGAACACAGCCCCUUAACUCAUGGUGAAGUCUCCAGUGUCUUCAUGCCUUGAGAUUGAGUGCAGAAAACAGCUUUUUAAAUAACUAUUACUGGUUGGUGUGAAUUUUUUGGAAAAAAAUAAUGCAGAAGUAGCCCAGUUCAAAAAUAGUAGGGAUUAGUGUAAAUCCCAAUGUCUCUUCAGCUAUACACUGGAAUGCAUUAUACUACUUUAACGUGCUGUAUUUUUUAUUAUUGGAUACAUUUGAUUUUUCAAGUACAUCUCUAUAUAUAAAUAUAUAAAAUAAUGUGCACUGUAAUAAUAAAAGCAAAAUUUAAACCUUU